CUGCCCCCGGCCCCGCCUCUGCGGAGCUGCCGGGACGCUCGGGGCGGGAGUAGGCCGUUUCCGGGAGGCGGAGCUCAGACCCCAUUUCCUUUCUUCUCCGCCGGCUGGCGCUGGGGUGGUGGCGGGACCUACUUGCUCGGAGCCUCCCCGGCCAGGCCCAGCGCUGCGCCCCAGCUGCAGCAUGGGCCGCGCCCGGCACGUGGGCUGGGUGGCGGCGGGCCUGGUCCUCGGGGCCGGCGCCUGCUACUGCGUUUACAAGCUGACGCGGGGCCAGCGGCAAGGCGGCCGCGGACUUCGGCUGCGCCCCUCGCGCUCCGCAGAAGAUUUAACCGAUGGUUCAUACGAUGACAUCCUAAAUGUUGACCAACUUCAGAAACUCCUCUACCUGCUUGAGUCCACUGAUGAUCCUAUAAUUAUUGAAAGAGCGUUGGUCACUCUGGGUAACAAUGCAGCCUUUUCAGCUAACCAAGUCAUUAUUCGUGAACUGGGUGGUAUUCCAAUCAUUGGAAGCAAAAUCAACAAUUCCAACUACAGUAUUAAAGAGAAAGCUUUAAAUGCACUGAAUAACCUGAGUGUGAAUGUUGAAAAUCAAGUGAAGAUAAAGGUAUACAUCAAUCAAGUCUGUAAGGAUGUCCUCUCUGGUCCCCUGGACUCUGCUGUACAGCUGGCUGGACUGAGACUGUUAACAAACAUGACAGUUACAAAUGACCACCAGCACAUGCUUAACAGUUACAUUACAGACCUGUUCCAUGUGUUGCUCACGGGAAAUGGAAGUACCAAGGUUCAAGUUUUGAAGCUGCUUGUGAAUUUAUCUGAAAACCCAGCCAUGGCAGAAGGACUACUUGGUGCCCAGGUGGAUUCAUCAUUUCUUUCCCUUUAUGACAGCCACGUGGCAAAGGAGAUCCUUCUUCGGGUUCUUACACUAUUUCAGAAUAUAAAUAACUGCUUCAAAAAAGAAGGCUCUUUAGCUAUUCAGCCUACCUUCCCUAAAGGUUCACUGUUUUUCCUGUUAUACGGAGAAGAAUGUGCCCAGAAAAUGAGAGCUUUAGUUGAUCACCAUGAUGCAGACGUGAAAGAAAAGGUAACAGUAUUACCAAAAUUCUAAUUGGUCUUAUUUUUCAUCUUCCUUACCAAGGGAGCUGAAAUUCUUUCAGCUGCUUAACUCAAACAGUAGUUUCAUCAUUAACACAGCUAUAACUUGCCAUGGUCUUCUGGUCUAUUUUGAACCAUUUUAUUGAUACCAAAUGCACAGAAGAGCUUGUUCUGAAAGGUCUUUGUAUUUUGCCAUUUGCGGAGUUUACUUCAAUUAUGUCCUCUACGUGACAGUCUUGUUUUUCACGUGUAAGCUAACCUUCUGCCCUUGGAAGUAAGGUGCAGUUACUCGUCUGAGACCGCUUUAGCGUGUGAUUCAUUAGUUGGUUCAGGGCCGUUGCAGGUAUGACCUCGUGCCGGUGGCAGAGUGCCUGAGUCUUUGAGGGCCCCUGCCAGCCCAGCCAUACCUUAUGCUUCCCAAGUCUGUUCCCUUCGUUAGAGCCUCGUCUGAGUCGAUGAAAACUUUCCUCAGGCUUACCACUCCUUCUCAGUACGCCAGCCUGUGAAGAUGCUGUGUACCAUCAAACGUCCAUCCACAGGCAACGGGUUAAGUCAGUUACCUAAUCUUAAAAGAAUUAAGCAGGUCUGAAUGUGCUCAUGUGGAAAGGCAUCCAUGAAAAAAACCCUGUGUUUUUUAAAUGAAAACUGUGCUUCCAUCCAGAGAGACUAUUUUCUAGAAUGAUACCCAGACGGGACUGAGGAAAGGUCUUUUCUAUGUUUACUCUUCUACUACCAUCUGAAUUUUACUAUGAGCAUAAGUUUUAUAAUUUUUUAAUAAAAAGGAAAAAAGUUUAUA